ACAAAGUAGAAAGGAAACCUAAAAAGUGUUCACAGGAAAGGAAUCACAACCUCUUCGUGAAAAAGCAUCAACCAUUAAGAAGGAAGGAAUCCAAACAAAAUCAUACUUCUUCAAAUAGUCAGCAAUCAGAUAUUCACUGUUCAAAUAGUUUCAAACUAAGCUACCAUUCUAAAGGAUGGAUAUGCUUAAGCCAAUGAGGGUGAGUUUCUCUGCUGAAGGGGAAGAAGAGAAAGAUGGGGGCAGCAACAACAGAGGCAGACGAAUACCACACCAGAAAGCACAAACGUCAAAAGAGACAAAAAGAACCGUUAGCUGGUUAGAAAGACAGUUCACAAGACAGACGAAUCGGGAUCACGACUCGAAUAAUGGUGUUGACUACCCAACUGCAGUAGCUGUAGCUGCAUUUGUUGUAAAAUCAAUUGAAGACAAGAGCAAUAGAAAACAAACAAAGACAAGUAGUGGAGCUGAUAAACCUUUAAGCAAGAUACAAAGUAAAGCAGAUGAGAGACCUCAAAAAUCCAUAGAUGCCAAAGCUUCAAAAUCAAGUUCAAGAGUUCAAGACAAAAAUGUUGUAAUACGGACAGCAACGGUCAAUAAAGAACCAAGUACCAACCCUGUCCCAUCCCUUAAGAAGAAUGCAACCUCUGCAGAUACCAAAAAGAACUCCACAUUUGCAGAUAAGAACAUUGACAUCACAACUCCUAAAACGCCAGAGACUAUGGCGCCUGAGCUUGCCUUACCGCCAACUAGACAAUCUACGUCUCAACUAGCGAUGGCAAAAGGACCAAUUACAGCAAAGCCAGGAACUGGAAAUUCUAAAGCGGAUAUUUGGGAGAAAGAAGAGAUGAAAAAGAUCAAAGAACGGUAUGAGAAGCUCAAGAAAGUAAUACAUGACUGGGAGACUAAAAAGAAGAAAAAGGCAAAGCGCCAUUUAGAGCAAACUGAGGCACAAUUAGACAAGCGAAGGGCGAAAGCAAGGGACAGUUUCUACAGUGAUAUUGGAAGGAUUGAACACAUAGCAGGAGGGGCCAAAUCACAAGCAGAGAAAAACCAAGAAAAUGAAGAGUUCAAGGUGAAAGAGAAAGCAAAUAAAAUCAGAUCAACUGGAAAAAUGCCACCAACAUGUUUAUGCUAUUAAGAAAGUUCAAUUACAAGAAAGCCUUAAAUAAUGUACAACAUUAACAUUUGGAAGAUAUCUCUAACUUUUGUGCAGGCAAAAGAUUCAAGAAAACUGAGUCACUUGACUUCUUUUGUUGGAAAAGAAUAAAUAAACAAACUAUAUUUUCUGAUCGAGGCACAAUUGUUAUUAUCGCAUUACUACAUUCCCUUGAGACAUAUUAUGGCAGGAAAUGAAUGUUAAUAGGACCAAUUUUAGUAAAUAAAAAACAAUUAUGUAAAU